AUGAGCAAUCGCUUUUAUUUUGGCGGCUCUGAUUCGGGCUCAGAUGCUGAUGACAACGAUGCCUCUCUUCCCUUCCCCAAGCCAUUGGAGCGUUCUGCGUUCCUCGCUCCAGACUUUGACGCCGCAGCCUUUUUGUCGAGUCUGUCCAAUCGGUUCCAGACUCUUGAAGACCUGCAGACAGAACUGCGGGAACUAAGCCAGACGCUCAACAAGGAACUGGUCGAUCUAGUCAACGACAAUUAUCAGGAUUUCCUUGCGCUGGGAAGCACGCUGUAUGGCGGCGAAGAGAAAAUAGAGGACAUUCGGCUUGGACUAUUGGGGUUCGAGAGAGACAUAAAAGCAGUCAGAGAAAAGGUUGACGCGAGAAGGAGUGAGGUGGCGGAAUUGCUGAGACAGAAAAAGGCGCUGAGACAAGAGGCGAGCAUUGGACAAGCAUUGCUCGAGAUUGCGCAGCGCUUAGAUCUACUCGAAGACAGGCUCGAAAUCACGACACCAACUACGAAGCUGUCCGCACUCAACGUUAAAGAUGGUGACGGUGAGCAGUGGGGUGAGGAGUGGGUUGGAGAAACGACCACCAACGACAUUGACGAGGAAUUCAACUCGGAUGAGGUUGAUGGCAUCCCUUCCAGAUUAAAGCACACGACUGACGAAUAUCUCAUCCUGAAACACCUGGCGAGCAAACACAGUCCACAACACCCUUUCCUCUUGGCCCAAGAAGCCCGGAUGCGCAAGAUUCAAGAGAUCUUACUGUCCGACCUGGAAAUGACCAUCAAACAGGAAACCGAGGUCAAGAAGAAACAAAAAUUGUUGCAGAUACGUGGUGCUGUUGAAGAGUGA